AUGCUCUCAUCUAUCCUCACCGUCGCUUUUGCGGCCACAGCUGCAUAUGCCCAGUCCGAUAUUCCUCUCUCCCAACCUCUCCAGGCCAUUCUUGCCAAAGCCCAACAAGGCCCCCUCUACACCUACCCUACCGAUCUAACCCAAGGAAUCGUACCCAAGGCCCUCCACAGCCACAACGACUACUGGCGCCCCCUCCCCUUCUACUCCGCCCUCUCCGUCGGCGCCGUGAGCGUCGAAGCCGACGUCUGGCUCUACAAUGACACCCUGCACAUCGGCCACGAGACUAGCGCGCUAACCAACGCCCGGACCUUCGACGCCCUCUAUAUCCAACCCAUCCUCGCCACCCUUCGCGCUCAAAACCCCAAUUCCAGUUUCCUUACCUCUGGCCCAACCAAGAACGGCGUCUACGAUACCGCCUCAGGCCAAACCCUCUACCUCUUCGUCGACGUCAAGACCCCCGGCGAGCAGACCUGGCCGUAUGUAGUCAGAGCCCUCCAACCCCUCCGCAGCGCAGGCUACCUCACCACCUUCAACGGCACGGCCGUGACACCCGGCCCUGUAACCGUGAUCGGAACCGGCAACACACCCCUCGACCAAGUCCAAGGCGUAGGUAACGCCACACACCCCCGCGACUACUUCUACGAUGCUCCCAUCCCCACCUUGAACACCACUUUCUCCAACAUCACCGCCUCCGUCAGCCCCAUCGCCAGCACGGAUUUCGCCGUCCAGUUUGGCAACGUCAAGAACGAGACGUUUAAUGCUACGCAAUCUGCUCUGUUGGCCAGUCAGGUGGCGGUUGCGCAUAGUAAGGGGAUCGCGGUGAGGUAUUGGGAUCAGCCUGGUUGGCCGGUAUCGACGCGGAAUGCGAUUUGGAGGAUUUUGUGGGAUGCUGGGGUGGAUUUGUUGAAUGUGGAUGAUUUGGAGGCGGUGGGGAAUUUUUGGGAGGGGGAUACUUAUUAG